GGAACUGAGAGGUAGAGUGCUUAGACAGCUUAGACCACAGCGCAGCAAGCUCCCACCCCCCGUCAAGAAGCUUGAUCCAGAGAGCCGCUGGAUCCGGAGGUGAUCUCAGGAGGCCACAACUUCAGCACCUUUGCAGGAAGCACAUAAAACUGAAAAUGGCACGUUUUGGACGGCCAUCGCUUUCCCUGAUCCACACAGGGUUCCUGUUAGCGAUUGUUUUGUUACCAGAGUUUCUGGGGGCGGUUCCAGUGGAGCAGCACAAAGAGGAGGAAGUGACUGCAGUGUCUGGUGAUGUGAAAGCCGAGGCCAUGGCCAACCUGAAUAAACUUGUUCGUAACAGAAGGAACGUCCCCUUCUUUACUGUGCCCCAGUUCAAACGCCUGCCAGAUUUCUGGGGAUGGUACAAGUACUUCAUGGAUAGCCACAACCAGGAGGGAAUUGAGGAUCUGGAUCGUCUGUACAUGGCCUACCUGCAGAACAAGCACAGGUCAGAGGAGGGGCCCACCUUCAACCACUACCUCAAGCACCUCAGUGAAAUCUACAAGACCUGUGCCGAUUCUGAUGAUCCCGAGUGCAUCGCAGAGUCCACCAGCAAGCCAAAGGCUGCAUUGGUGAUGCCCGCCCCCAUCAAGUCUGCUGCCGUCAGGCUGUGCAACCCCUACAUCGACCCAUACUGCCUCUUCCCCGUCCUCCCCAAGGCUGCAGCCCAAGAGCCCGAGCCAGCUCCAGCCAAGGUACCAGCUCCCAUCCUCACCCCCCUGCUGCCCAUGCCCCUGAAGGGCCCCUCUGGCUUCUACUACUAUGCCCCCGUCCUGGAGCCCUUCCUGAGUGCUGAACAGAAGGCUGAGCUGCUGAGGAUCUGCAACUCUGAAGAUGUGGAGUGUCUGCAGUAUCACCUGAGAGCAGCUUAUGGCUACCGCCCAGCUCCUGGCCCAGCCCCAUCCUAUUCUGCCCUCAAAUGUGACCCCAAGGACCCCUACUGCAAGCCCCAUCUGGUCCAGAAGGCCCCAACCGGCUUCUACCACCUGCUCUACCCUAGCUGUGACCCAGCAGUUGAUCCUCUGUGUGUGACCAAUGUUGCUGCUCCAGCUCCCCUCUCUGAUGAGGAGCCUCCUAAGGAGCAACACUGCAACCCUCUGUUUGACGCUGGCUGCAACCCCCUGACUGCCACCAAGCUGUCCGGUCUCACCAAGCCCGUCCUGGAGUACGCACCCAAAGCUGAGCCUGCACUUCCAGCUGCUCCUCUGUCCUGCGAUCCUCGCUAUGACCCAUACUGCAUACUGGCAGCCGCCGCCGCCCUGCGCAAGGCCCCCCCACAGCUCCCCGAGCACCAGGUCCGCUACAAGCUCGGCAUCCUCGGCAAGACCAAGGAGGGCUACGACUGCUAUGUGCACUAUGACAAAGACUGCACCCCAGUGAGGUCUGGCACCGAGGCCAAGGCUGACAUCAAGGCUCCAGCCAAGCCCGCCUGCCAUCCAUUUGACCCCAACUGCAACAAAUUUGCAUCCCCGUCCGGCGUUGAGGCCCCAAAGCCCGGCAAGGAUGGCAUAAUCCUGCCUGACCCCGACUGUGACCCAGAGUUCGACUACAACUGCCGCCUUCGUCGCGCCGAGCCUGCUGCUGCUGAGGAGACCGCCACUGCUGAGGAGAAAGCUGCCGAUGAGCCCGCCAAGGAGGCGGUCCCACGCUUUGAAGACUUCCUCAAGAGCGUCAUGAGCCAGUACAAAUAGAUUCCAGAUAUAACAUACCGACAGAACCAACAACUUCUACUUUAUUAUAACGAAAAAUGGGGCUAACUCAGUAAAGUUUUCUGGACUUAAUGGACCACAGCCUUCUACCAUUAAUUACUUCAUUACAAAAUAAUUGAAUCAAUCGGCACAUAUUGCAGCUUUUACAUAAUGAAUCUGAUUUUCCCACACAAUCUGAAGGUUUCCUAAUUUUGGUCUGUUUUUAUAAAGGGGGAACAAUUAAAGAGGGCCAAGCAACUUAGAACAUGUGGAUUAAAUACUUUGUGUAUGUAUGUUUGUAGAAAAGAGUGUUAUGUAUAGAAGUGUGAUAGAGUAGGUGUAGUUUAUGUGUCAGCGGGUAAGAAUUUCUCUCUGUUGUACAUUCUCUGUUUCCAUUUGAGUUAUCCUGAGUGUAUUUAAUGUUGUUUUCCACAGUUUUCUGUAACUCUAAACCUCAUAGUGCUUCAUCUGUUUAGUUUUUAUGAAGUUCUAAAUAAAAGGGAU